GUGUGUGUGUGUGUGUGUGUGUGUGUGUGGAGAGCAAGCGAGAGGAGUCAGCUGGUCGAAAAGUGCAGGUUGAGAGCGGUGCAUGUGUGUGUGUGUGUGUGUGUGUGUGUGUACGUGAGUGUGUGUACGUGUGCAGAGGAGCGCACCUCCGGGGGGAACAAGGUGAAGGCGGCUGAACAGCGGACGGAGUUUUCUGGGUGGAAGCAGUUUGUGUGGAGCUCCAGACGAGGACGGACGAGGCGCGCCGGGUGCUGCUGCUGCUGCUGGACACGAUUCCUGAGCUGCGUGCUGCCCUCUGAUCACAGGUGCUGGUGAGACCAGAGGGUGCCAUUCCCUACAGAGGGAAUACUGAAGGAACACCAUGGCCUUAGCGGGAUGCCCUGACUACUUCUUACGUCACUCAAACUACCAGGAAAGCAUGGACCGCACUUCCUCUCGCAGGCCCGACGAGCUGAUUGUUCCAGGCUUUCAACGCUCGGCCAAUCAAAAUUUGCCACAUCACCAUGACGACGACGUGGACCUGGAGCAGCUGGUGAAUGACAUGAACUCCUCCAUGGAGAGUGUGUACCCUGUGCAGGCAGACACGGCGCUGCUCCUGAACAACGGCCACGUGCACACUCCCAACCACCACCACCAACAUAUACACCCUGCCUACCCGGGACACGGCCAGGCCCACCGUCGUCACACCCCACCUCUGCGGCACUCUCAGCCCAUGCACAUCCAGGCCGUCAGGUGCCUGCAGGAAGAGCAUCAGCUGCGUCCAGCCUCCCUGCCCGCCAUCCCCAAUCCUUUCCCCGAGCUCUGCAGCCCAGCAAGCUCCCCCGUCCUCAGCCCCAUACAGAGCUCCGACAACCACAUAGUGAAGGUGUGGAGCGAGGAUGGGGCCGGUAAGGUGGUGGAGAUCCCGGCGGACAUGACGGCCAGAGAUGUGUGUCAGCUCCUGGUCUACAAGAGCCACUGUCUGGAUGACAACGCCUGGACGCUGGUGGAGCAUCACCCCAUCCUUGGCCUUGAGCGGUGUCUGGAGGACCACGAGCUGGUGGUUCAGGUUCAAGCCUCCAUGAGCAGCGACAGUAAAUUCCUCUUCAGGAAGAACUAUGCCAAAUAUGAAUUCUUCAGGAACCCCCUGAACUUUUUUCCAGAGCAGAUGGUGGCGUGGUGUCAGGAGUCUGAUGGCUCAAUCCCUCAGUCACAGCUCUUACAGAACUUUCUGAACUCCAGCAGCUGUCCCGAGAUCCAGGGUUAUCUGUACGUGAAGGAGCCCGGACGCAGGUCCUGGAAGAAACUCUACAUGUUCCUGCGACGCUCUGGGCUCUACUACUCCACUAAAGGAACAUCCAAGGAGCCUCGACACCUGCAGCUGCUGUCAGACCUGGAGGACAGCAACAUCUUCACCAUCAUCACAGGAAGAAAACUCCACAACGCUCCCACAGACUACCAGUUCUGCAUCAAGCCCAGCAAAGUGAGGAGUGACUGCAAGGAGCUGAAGAUGCUGUGUGCUGAGGACGAACAGAGCAGGACCUGCUGGAUGACUGCCUUCAGACUGCUCAAAUAUGGGAUAGUACUGUAUCAGAGCUACAACGGUCCCCAGCAGAGGAAGUCUAACCUCUCACCUUUCUCUGCUCCUGUGCGGAGUGUAUCUGAGAAUUCCCUGGUCGCCAUGGACUUUUCCGGGCGGACCGGACGCGUCAUCGACAACCCCGUCGAGGCUCAGAGUGCUGCCCUGGAGGAGGGACAGACCUGGAGGAAACGGAGCCAGCGUAUGAAUGUCCUGGGCAGUCCCAGCCCACUGCACCCAUCCUCUCUGAGCACAGUGAUCCACAGGACACAGGUGUGGUUUCACGGUCGCAUCAUGAGAGAGGAAGCCCACAAAAUGAUCAUCCAACAAGGCCAAGUAGACGGGUUAUUCCUGUUGCGGGACAGUCAGAGUAACCCCAAGGCAUUCGUGCUUACCUUGUGCCACCACCAGAAGAUCAAGCACUUCCAGAUCCUACCGUGUGAGGAGGACGGUCAGGUGUUCUUCAGCCUCGAUGACGGCACCACCAAGUUCACCGAUCUGAUCCACCUGGUGGAGUUUUACCAGCUCAACAGAGGAGUGCUGCCCUGCAAGCUCAAACACCCCUGUACCGCCGUGGCCUUGUGACACUCCACACCCCCAACACUUCCACCCCUUUUUUGCACACCUCUCACCCUGAGAUCCCACCCCCCCAUCUGCCCCUCCCUCACCAACGCAAUGAGGUCGAGAAAAGUUAGGUCGAGAUUCGGGGAUGUGAACAACUCAGCUGGCACUGGUAGUUUGAUUUCUCCAGUGCGCCGGUGCUUAUCUCCGCCUUACCACUGCUUGGAUGUUUGAAUGUGAACCGUUCAGACAGCUCAAGCGUGCAGAUUGUGGACCCAGCAGUCGCCCAACUCCUGCGAUGUUGUCAUGGAGACUCAAUUGUUUUGUCAUUGCCAUUUUGACCCUGGAGAGACACCAUACGUUAGCUAAGGUUCAGCAGGAGUGCUGCGGGUCUCCUGGAUGGAUACCUCCCUCAGAGUCCCUCACCCUUCAACUCUCCCUCCAGCCUCCCUCAUCCUCCAGGCCUGAUAAGCUGUGGUGCCCGCCCCACCCUCGCCCCUUCAUGGGCGGGGAGCGCCACCCUCUGACUUCCUCAUCAAUCAUCAGGGAUGGACGGGAACCUCUCUGGGUCUUAUCAAACUCGAUCCAGGAGUUUUCUCAACCUGUGCAGUCCAGUCUGGAUAAGCUGACACCCUGCCCCCCGCCUCCAACCCCAACACCCGAGCGAACUCGAUGCGGCCUCUCUGCUGUGUCCUGUCCCACAAUCCCUUGGUGCAACCCCGAUUCCCGCCUCUCCUCCUCCACAGGAGCUCAGAGAAAAGUCGGGAGAGAAGAGAGAAGUAGCUAAAGGCAAGACGAGCAGAGCAGUGGAGGGUUUGCUGAAAGGACAGAGGAAUGUGUAUCAGGAAGGCUGAACGAGCCUCUCUUGUAGAGUUGAUUACUUGAUGUCAUUUUAAUGCUGUUUUAUUACUGUUGAUUCAAUGCAGAACUAGUUUUGCACUCCCGGGCGGACAGACGACAGCUGUUCCCUCUAGCUAAAUGAAACUGCCUGCUCUCUGUUCGUCCUCCUCCUCCUCCACCACCCCCCUUCUGAAAAGCAUGCAUGUGAAUUUCCAGCAGUUCUGAUUGGAUUACAGUGGCGUGGGAGCAAAGAGAGUCAGGGCUGAUUAUGCAGUGCCUUUCAGGAAGGUUUGGGGACGUCUCGGACCUCCGUGUGGCUCGAACCAACACGGCCACACUUUGGUGAAAACAACUGUGCGUCUCAAGACUUUGAAGAGGAGGAAGACUGUUAAAUAGACUCCUGAAAAGUGCGUCCACCCCAAGCUUCUACCGUUUUUUAAGAUUUGAAAGGGUUACAUCUGUUGGUGAAUUUGUCUUUGAAUGUCAUUUUCUUUUCCUAAGUCUGUUCUGAGCUCACUGCUUGCACAUGUUGAUUAUUGAUUUGAUAUCGAUGGGUUGGAGCUGUCGUGUUCGGAUCCUGACCACUGUUCCCUCUCUCCACAAAAGACAAAUCAACAAAAGCACUCCCAUAACGUUUUUCUUUUUGUUUGUUUUAGUAUGGAAUUGAUCAAAUGACUUGAAAUGUGAACUCAGUUGAUUGUGUGUCAGCAUGCAGUGGAACGAGAUUCACUCGCCUUAAGUGAAAGUUGUGAUCCUUGUGUAUGAAAUUGAAGCUAUAUUUUGAUGCACAUACGGUAACGUAUUUCAGAUUUCAAGUGGGUGGAGUAACAUCGAGAGCGUUAGUGGUGAUCUUAAAUGGACAGUUUAACAUUUUUGGACUUUCUCACUUCCUUGCCAAGAGUUAGAUGCUCAGAGUGAUACCACUCAUGACUGUGAGCUGAAUAUGAAGCUACUGCCAGCAGCUGGUUAGCUUAGCUUAGCUUAGCAUAAAGACUGGAAACAUGGGAAAACAGUUAGCCUGGCUGUCUGGAGGUUACAAAAAACCUCCUGUGCACAUCUGUACAGCUCAUGAGUUAACACAUUAUAUCUUGUAGAAACAAUUUGUGGUUUAACCAGGGUUGUGUGCUCGACUAUUGACGUGAUUUCCUAAGCUAAGCUAACCAGCUGCUAGCUGUACAGUAGCUUCAUGUUUACAGUGCAGAACACGAUGGACAUGAGUCUUAAACCUUGUUGUUUUAUCCUUAAAGGAAUUCUUCAGCUGCAAAGUGACCAUUCGUUACCUUUAAUUCAUGAAUUUGUUUUUCUGGUGUGCUUCCACGGUAAAAAAAAACUUUGACCCUGAUUACUUCAAUUCAUGAUGAAUGUUCGCCUUUUUUGGAUUCUCCGUUCACUGUGGAGGCAUUCUAGAAAAACAAAGUUUUCUUCACAAAUUUACAGUUUUGUGGGUGAAGUAUUCUUCUACCAUUUUUUAUUAUGUGUGAUCUUGGGUCCUCUCUCUUAUUGUACCAAAUAACUCAAGACAUGACAGUGGUAUCAGUCUGCUCAUCAAAGUCUUUGCAAUUCCCUAAAAUGUCAAACUGUUUUCCAAAAGUAAAAAUCAACUUGAACACGAUUUAGAAAACAGGUGUUGGUAAUGCAGCCUUGCAUUUCUGGGUCUGUUGUCUUGUUACGUGCUGCUGUAUGAAUCCUAUUUCUGCUGAUAACUGGCUAAACAACAACAUCACGUCCAGAUUUUUCCAGCAGCUGCAUGUUGCAGUUCAGUAACGUCAGUGUUGAACAGUCCUAGACUUCCAAACAGUGAGGGCGUCUUUCUUGAACAGCCACAACAAUCAAACAGGGAGAAACUCAUGUCGAUAGAAGUAGAGGAAGUCAUUUUCACACCAGCAGUAGCCUCAGUAGACCAGAAUGCCUUGAAGUCAUCAGGCGUGUCGUCAGUUAGUGUUAGUUUAUUAUUUUAGAUUCAUUGAUUGGUCACCACAAAACUAUUUGGCAACUAUUUGGAUUUUCAGUAAUCUGUUUUUAAGAAAAAAUGCCAAUUAUAUAAAGGUUCCAGGUUCUCAGCGAGCAUGUGCUGCUUCUCUGCGUCUUUUAAGUAAGAUUUAAGUGAACUGAAUAUCUUUGGACCGACGGCCAGACAAAAAAAAACAAUUCGAAGACAUCACCGAGUAUCUUGGAAAUUGUGAUGAACAUUUUUAAGAGUUUUGUGACAUUUUAUUCCCCCAACGAUUCCUCGAUUAAUUAAGAAAAUUAAAAAGCAAAUCUUUUGAUUUAAUGGUCCAUCUAUGUCCCAACCCUCACCUGUAGUUACGAGCUUUCGGUAGUGACCGAAAGAAUGAGAUUGUGGAUACAAGCCGCUGAAAUGAGUUUUCUCUGUGGGGUGGCUGGGCUCAGCCUUAGAGAUAGUUCGAGGAGAUCAGACAUUCGGAGGGAGCUCGGAGUAGAGCUGUUACUCCUUGGCAUUGAAAGGGGUCUUGUUCACGAGUGAGGGUUGAAUGGAGCAUGAGAUGGAUCGGCGGUUUGGUGGGGCUUCUGCAGAGAUGCAGGCAUUGCGCUGGACCAUCCUGGUGAAGAUGGAGCUGAGCUGCAAGGCAAAGCUUUUGACUUACUGGUCCAUCUACGUCCCAACCCUCACCUAUGGUCAUGAGCUCUGGGUAGUGACCAAAAGAAUGAGAUCGUGGAUACAAGCGGCCGAAAUGAGUUUUCUCUGGUGUCUGGGCUCAGCCUUAGAGAUAGGGUGAGGAGCUCGGACAUCCGGAGGGGGCUCGGAGUAGAGCCGCUGCUUCUUUGCAUCGAAAGGGGUCAGUUGAGGUGGUUCAACAUCUGAUCAGGAUCCUCCUGGGCGCCUCCUGUUGGAGGUGUUCAGGGCACGUCCCACUGGUAGGAGGCCCCGGGGCAGACCCAGAACACACUGGAGAGAUUACAUAUCUCAUCUGGCCUGGGAACGCCUCGGGGUCCCCCAGGAGGAGCUGGAAAGCCUCACUGGGGAGAGCGACGUCUGGGGAUGCUUUGCUCAGUCUGCUGCCCUCAGAUAAGCAGUUGAAAAUGGAUGGAUUAAUCAUCAAUUUGGCUAGCUCGCUCAAUUUCUGUGGCCUCAGCCCUGUAUGUCAUUGAGAGCAGCAUGAUCAUGCCUAUUUCUGGUUGUUGUAGAAAAGCAUUCUGGGAGAUGAAGUGAAAAGUAGACAAAGCAGGUAAACUAUGCAAAGGUGGUCCAUCGGAAAAAUAGAGUAUGACACUUAAAUACUGAACAAAUCUAAGUGAAAGCCAUCAGAUGUGAAGUGUCCGACUGCGGCAUCCCCAAGUGGUAACAUAAAGAACAGCUGUUUCCACAUGCUAUAUUUCAUGGUGGUCUUAACACGGCAUCUGAGGACUGCCCUGUGGUCAUCCAGAAUACAAGAGAGGACCACAUUUAUAAGAAUAAAAAACAUGACAGGAGACCAGAGAAGACAAGUUCUUUUGUCUUUUCCUGCCCUCUCCUGCUGUCGUGUGACCAGCGAAUGAAAAUCCUGCAGGCAUGUGACAUAACACCUGCUUAGCCUCACCUGCACCUCCGCUCCAUCCUGUGCCAGACUCACGGUGAACAGGGUUAGCACGGGGCCAUCAGACUCCCUGCCAGGCUAACUAAACUCUCUCCAAGUAUUGUCGUUGACAUCACAAGCCACUGCCAUCGCCGCAGGUCAACCAUUCACGUGACUGUUGACUCAGCAGCUCUGCGCUCCACCCGUCAGGCCUUUCUAGUCAGCCAGGGCAGACUCUCUCCAGGGAUUGGAUAAUGCUUGAACCCCCCGCCCCCCUCUCCUACCUGUGUCCAGCCUGUAAGCUAUGACCCUGUGGUGAAUAUGUGUGCGUGUGCGUGUGUGUGUGUGUGUGGAGGCCAGACUGUUAUAUUCACUCUUCAGGAUUGCUUAGUCUGCUGGUUAUUAUAACUUGCCUUUUAGAGACAGGAAGUUGCUUGUCGGCCGGGUAAAGUCGAGCUGAGCGGUGGAUUUAGAGGAGACAGGAGUUUGGCUGGAGGUAUCCCAGCAUGCCCCAGUCUUCAGCUGAGGUUCUUCCCUGUCUGUCAGAGAGGGACGCGAGGCCACAUGGGUCCUCUCCUUCUCCCUCCCUUUUUUUAAUCACUGUGCUACAAUUCAAUCGUAUACACAAGCCCAAGUAUAUGAAUAUACCAGUAUACAGUAUCAUUUGUUUUCUAAGUAUGUGAAGCUAUGGAAGACGUAGAUCUAACACUGUACCUAGGUCACAGAUCACUAUGUAUGGGGCGUUAUGCUUUUGCUCAUAACUCCGUGUUAAAUGAAGAAUGAUUUAUUUAGUCCUUUUUUUCCAUUAUUUGAUUGUGUGUAUAUUGACAUCAUGUGUAUUUUCUUUGGUUUGCCACAAAAGGACCUUUUAUAUAUAUAUAUAUAAAUAUAAAUAUAUAUAAAAAGAAUAUACCACAGUA